CCCUCGGCGGCCGCGCUCCCUCUCUCGCUGCCGGCUCGCCGCUCGUCGCCCGCCAGGUUCCCGCGGCCGAGAGCGGGAGAAAGUCCUGCUGGCGGGCGUCCGCGGGGCUGCGCGCGUCCGGCAUCCGGGGGCCGCUCCGGCCCGGGCGGCGAGGGGGCCCGGCGGUCCAUGCAUCCGCCGCCGUCCGCCGCCGCGAUGGAUUUCAGUCAGAACAGUCUGUUCGGCUACACGGAGGACCUGCAGGAGCUCACCAUCAUCGAGAGGCCGGUCCGCCGGAGCCUCAAGACCCCAGAAGAAAUAGAAAGACUGACGGUUGACGAGGACCUCGGGGACAUCGAAAGGGCUGUUUAUCUGCUCAGUGCUGGUCAAGAUAUCCAGGGAACAAGUGUGAUUGCAAAUCUCCCGUUUUUGAUGCGACAGAAUCCUGCUGAGACACUUCGGAGAGUCUUGCCAAAAGUUAGAGAAGUCCUGCAUGUUGCAGGUGUGGAAAUGCAGUUAACAGCUGCAGUAUCAUUUUUGACCAUUCUACACGAAGAAUCAGUGUCAAUUCAUACGUAUGCCCACUCCUUCCUCCAAAUCAUUCUACUGCAUCUGGAGCACAGGGAUGCAGGUGUCAGCAAUGCAUGGCUGGAAACUCUUCUGUCUGUGAUAGAAGUGUUGCCCAAAGAAACCCUAAGGCAUGAGAUUUUGAAUCCACUUGUUUCCAAGGCACAACUUUCCCAAACCGUCCAGUCUCGUUUAGUUAGUUGUAAAAUUUUAGGAAAAUUGACCAACAAAUUUGAUGCCCAUACCAUUAAAAGAGAAAUACUUCCCUUGGUAAAAUCACUCUGUCAAGAUGUAGAAUAUGAAGUUCGAUCUUGCAUGUGUCGGCAAUUAGAAAAUAUAGCUCAGGGCAUUGGGACAGACCUUACAAAAAGUGUGGUGCUCCCUGAAUUAAUAGAACUCUCCAGGGAUGAAGGCUGCAGUGUGAGGCUUGCAGCAUUUGAAACUUUGGUCAAUCUGCUUGACAUAUUUGAUACAGAUGAUAGAAGUCAAACUAUACUUCCCUUAGUGAAAUCAUUUUGUGAAAAGUCUUUCAAAGCAGAUGAAUCAAUUCUUAUUUCCUUAUCUUUCCAUUUAGGAAAACUAUGCCAUGGACUAUACGGAAUUUUUACUCCAGAUCAACACUUGAGAUUUUUGGAGUUUUAUAAGAAACUUUGUACAUUAGGUUUGCAGCAAGAAAAUGGACACAAUGAAAACCAGAUUCCACCCCAAAUCUUAGAGCAGGAGAAGAAAUAUACUUCAGUACGGAAGAACUGUGCUUAUAACCUUCCGGCCAUGAUUGUUUUUGUUGACCCUAAAAAUUUCCAAUUGGAACUCUAUUCUACAUUCUUUUGCCUUUGUCAUGACCCUGAGGUACCCGUCAGAUACACUAUUGCCAUUUGCUUUUAUGAAGUGUCUAAACUUCUGAAUUCUGGAGUAUAUUUAAUACACAAAGAACUAAUAACAUUAUUACAAGACGAAUCACUGGAGGUACUAGAUGCUCUUAUAGAUCAUCUUCCGGAAAUCCUGGAACUUAUGUCUACGGGUGGAGAAAGCAGUAUUCAAGAAAAUAAGUUGCCAUCCCUGCCUGACUUGAUUCCAGCACUCACGGCUGCUGAACAGCGAGCUGCAGCCUCUUUAAAAUGGAGAACCCAUGAGAAGCUGCUGCAGAAAUAUGCCUGUCUGCCACACAUCAUAUCAAGUGACCAGAUUUAUUAUCGUUUCUUACAAAGAAUGUUCACAAUCAUGAUGACAAAUAAAGUCUUACCUGUCCAAAAGGCAGCUUCGAGAACUUUAUGCAUUUUUCUACGUUAUAAUCGUAAACAAGAACAGAGACUUGAGGUCAUUCAAAAAUUAAUUGAACAACUGGGCCAAGGAAAAAGUUAUUGGAAUAGACUUCGAUUUUUGGAUACCUGUGAAUUUAUUAUAGAGCUCUUUUCCAAAUCAUUUUUCUGUAAAUAUUUCUUUCUACCUGCUAUUGAACUGACACAUGAUCCAGUAGCAAAUGUGAGAAUGAAACUUUGCUACUUGUUGCCCAAAGUGAAAUCUACUCUGAAGAUCCCUGAAGAUAAACAUCUACUUCAACAGCUAGAAAUGUGCGUGAGAAAACUUCUAUGUCAAGAAAAAGAUAAAGAUGUUCUGGCUAUUGUAAAAAGAACUGUGUUAGAGUUGGACAGAAUGGAAAUGUCUAUGGAUGCUUUUCAGAACAAGUUUUAUGAGAAAGAUUUGUUGGAUCAAGAGAAAGAAAGAGAGGAACUGCUUCUUUUGGAAAUGGAACAAUUAGAGAAAGAGAAGCAACAAGAGGGGAGGCCCGUGAAUGAAAAAACCUUUGAAAAGAAACGCAGAGACAUCAAGACACCAACAGCUCUGCCCAAGAGCAUCCCCAUUGCUGUUCCUGGGCCCUCUUCCAGCACCCCAUCAGCAAGCAAGGAAAUCAAGAAAUCCAAAUUGAUUCGAAGCCAGUCUAUUAAUAAUCAAGCUUUUCAUGCAAAAUAUGGCAACUUAGACAAGUGUGCUAGUAAAACUUCUACAGCAGCAUAUACACCUUCUGCCUCAGGGUUAGCAAAGACUUCUAUGAUUUCACUAACUGAUGACUCAUUCCGGACUCGUAAUGCCACUAGUCUUCCUCCGUCCUUUUCUCCUAACACUCCCCUCCCCAGCACCUCCCGUGGGACAGGUAACUCAGUUGAUCCAAAGAGCAGUGGAGGUAAAGAUCUGCCACCACGUAAGGCCACCUUAAAAUCCAGAAAAUCCAAUCCUUAAAUCAUCUGCUUGAUGAAGGAGGCAAAACAAAGACACCUGGAGAUAAUGUGAUUGAUGGACAAAAGCUAAAGCAAUGGCUGGGGCUCCUAUUUUUUUUUUUUAAAUUAAUGGAAAGAGAUACAUUAGGGCAGCUGAUGUUGCUAAAAGCCCCAUAUUUGAAAUUAGAUUCCGUAGGAGGCAUAAUAUAUAUAUUUCUUAAAUAAUAAUGUGGUUGCAGAAUUCCAAUGUUACAGUGAAGUGUAAUGAAAAACAACUUUAGUAUGUGCUUUAACAACUGCUGCAGAAGAGACACGGCUGAAUCUAUUUGUGCAGGAAACCAUCUGUUUACUUGUUCUAGAGCUUUAGCAUUUAAACCUGUAUGAAAGCCCACAUCCACUGCAAAUGCCCUGCUAGAGAAUCAUUUUGGAGGGGCCUGGGAGUCAAUUAGGAAGACAUUGUUUCUCACGAAUCUCCAAGCCCAACAACCACACUGAAAAGGGUACAAACAGCAGUCCACUAUGUUAUCAGUCUGAUUGUGGUGACCAUGUGGUGUACCCGGAUAUUCUGAAACUUAAAUUUGGCAAUGGAAAUUCCACAAAGAUUUCUCAUAACUUUUAGCCACAAUUACCUUAAAAAUAAUAGAUUCAUGAUUUCCUUUAUUUCCUAGAAAAUUUUAUUUUAUACUUUGUUUACAUUUUAGAUUGUAUUUGUCCUUAAUUAAAAAUGAUGAAUCUAGUUUGAAUCAGCUGUUACUCUGAGCUAUCAUGCUUAUGCUAUGUCAACAGCCUUUAUUUAUACUAAUGCUAAUAUUUCCAUCACAGUUUGCCUGUAGAACAUGUAUGAUUAUUAACUUUAAAAUGUCAGAUCUUGAGAUAUACUGUAUGAAGCUAUUGUCAGCUUCUCUAUUACAAAAUGCAAUCAGCAUAUAACUAUACUGAUAUUAGAAAAUCUUUGUUUUUUAAAAUAUAUUGAUGUAUGAUAAAGAUGAUCUAAUUUGUGAAUGCAUAUGCGUGUGUGGUUACUUUUUAUAAUGUGAAAUAAUGAAUAGUGAAUUUACUUAAAAUAAAGCAUAGGUUAAUGAGAUGCCUGUGUUUGUGAAAAAAGUUUUAAAUACUUUUUUGCAAUUUUUAUUCUCUAAUGAAAGAGUAAGACAGUUCACUUUUAAGUGAUGAGUAACAGAAGCACGCUGACCUCAACUGUAAGUGACUCAGGAACAGCUACUCGUGUGAAACUUUCACUCAGUUUCUCUCCAUCUUUCCUUACAAUUGGCUCUUGUUGGCUAUUUUUAUGAUCCUUAAUGUCUUUCAUUUAAGGAUAGGUUAAUGGAAUUGUUCAACCCAUUUGUCAGUAUUUAAAAAUUGAGUAGGUUCGAGAAGCUUGACCAUGUGGCUAAUUUAGUACUUCCCUUAUGGAUUUCAUUGAACUAUUUUAAUGAUGUCUCCGACCAGCAUCACUGACAUGCACUUUAACACACUGUGAUCUGGGAGAGUUUGUGGUGCGUGAGUGGGACAUCAGAGUGACAGCAGUUCCCCAGCACUGUGAUUCAUAAUCAGCAUGGACUCUGUCACUUUAAAUAAAAUGGAGAAUUCCAGUUUGUUUGUUCACUAAUACAUUUAGCAGAGUUAGGAACCUUUAUUUCCUUUACGCGUGUGAGAGAAGAAGAGAGCGACUCUAUAGAGAAAAGUCACUACAGCUCCUACAAUCCAGGGGUGUAUAGAGGUCAGUGCAGUCUCACUGCAAGGCACUGAGCAAUCAAGUCACACAGUCAAUCAAAAUUAUGUCAGAAGUUUCCUUUCCUUUUUUAGAACAUGAUCAUUUCUAAAAGUGUUGACAUAUUUUUUAAAAUUAUAUAUAUUUCUAAAACCAGAUAUAUAAAAUCAGAGUAAAACACAAAUUGCUGACAGUUACGACCAUCCACACAUAGAUUCACACCGAAACGAGACUGAUACUCUUGUAAAAGUCCUUGGCGUAGCAACUUAUCAGACAGUUCCUUCAAACUAGCUGUGGGAAAGAAAGAUCUCCUCCACCUAACUGCAGAGAAGGAGGGACAUCACCGUCAGCUGUUUGUUAAUUAUCGAAACUUGCAUUUUAAGGACAGGUUCUAGCACAGUGGUUCUCAACCUUCUGGCCCUUUAAAUACAGUUCCUCAUGUGGUGACCCAACCAUAACAUUAUUUUC